UGCAGAACUCGUUCAAUCAAAUCGUAAAAAUUCAUUCGGAAUUUUAUCACUAAACAAUUUAUGUCAACGAAUUAAUAAAUCAAUCAGUCAAUACUUCAUAACCUUGAAUGGUUUAAAAUUGAAAGAAAAAUUUUCUGUGGAUAAAUUUGAUUUGGUUUUGUAUAAAAAAAAUGGAACUUGAGAAUAGUGAGGAACCACCAGAUCGUUUUAAAAUGGUUACAAUAAUUUGUCUUUUACAAGGAGUUGGGGUUUUGAUUUCUUGGCAUAUGUUUAUAAAUGCUUGGGAUUAUUUUACAGAUUAUAAAUUGUGCCACAUUAACGGAACCGAUAAGGUUCCAAGUCCUUAUGUAGGUUAUUUCAUGCAAUAUUUAACAUUUACUGCUCAACUUCCCAACGUAAUAUUUACUUUUAUAAACGCUUUCGUUCGAAUUGGGGGUGGUUUAUCAUUUCGAAUUUUGGGUUCAUUAUCGAUCGUGCUAGCCGUGUUCAUUUUCACGUUAACCUUGUCUUUCAUCGAAAUGGAAAAUGUGGGCGCAUUUUUCUGGAUGACAAUGUGCUCGGUCGCUUUAAUGCAAGUUUUCAACGCGAUUUAUCAAAAUUCGUUGAUGGGAAUGGCCGCUAUUUUACCUCCGUGGUACAUUGGAUAUAUAAUUAUAGGAAACAACGUUUGCGGAACGUUCACUUCGAUAACAAAACUCGUAUCGAAAUCAAUCGGUGGAAAUCAUAAAGCUACCGCUAUUUACUACUUUAGCACGGCUAUUUUCGUUUUAGUGGUUUGCUUGGUUGUUUUAAUACUCCUAAAAUUAAUCAGAUUUUACAAAUAUUAUUUGGAUGUUCAUACGGCUUAUAGACAUAGAUCAACUUUUUUUUCUGCUCAUGAACCUGCUCAAGAAAGGCCUUAUUGGCUACUUAUUAAACAAACUUCUACACAACUUUAUAAUGUAUUCAUGACAUUUAUGGUAACAUUAACUUGUUUUCCUGCAAUAUUAUCAAAUAUAAAAAGUGGCGAUGACAACUUUUUUAUUUCAACAAAUUAUUACGGGGACGUGAUGUGUUUUUUAAAUUUUAAUGUAUCCGCUAUGAUUGGCUCAAUUGUUGGUGGAUUUUAUGUUUUUCCGAAACCCCGGUUUAUAUGGAUAGCUGUAACAAUAAGGAUUAUUUUCAUCCCAAUUUUUCUUUUUUGCAACUACACCCCUCCCGUUCCCGACGAAGCCCGAAGAGUGGGAGUUUUAAUCUACAACGAUUAUGUUUAUUUAAUUUUCGGAAUGGUUCAUGGAUUUACUUGUGGAUAUUAUACGAGUGCUUGUUUGAUGAUAAUUCCAGGGAUGGUUGAUAAACAAUAUGCGCAUAUAGCUGGGAUGUUAGGAGGAGUGGUUUUAAUUUUGGGAAUUUUUUUCGGGAUAAUGUUAGCGUUUCUUUGGCCGUUAAUUAUGUGGGAAAGCGUUUAAGAAAAAUUAAACCUUAAUAAAUCUCGUGUCGUAGUUAAUUAUUUCUAAAGAAAAGGUGAUCCUUAAAUCUACACUAUAUAGAUGGGGGUUUUCUCCGUGUACGAGUUAUUAAAACUUCCGGGUUGGUCCGGAAAAAUCAUAACUCGCUAGAUUUUUACGACGUGUUAGUUCGCUCGCGUUCCUCGACCUCACCCUCUUUUCGUUCCCUCAUCGUAAAUAAUAAACUUAAGUAUCGGAGUCUGCGCGUGCGAACCUGAAACUGUCGGAAACUGUCGUAAAUUCUCACCGGGAUAAACCGCGUGGAGAAAACUUUCGCACCUCGAUAGUUAUAUCGAAGCCAACUUUUUCCGUAUUCGAGAAACGUGUGCCAACUUUGGAAGCCGUUUUCUGAUUGGCCAAUGCACCUGAAUACUUGAUAGACUGUGCAAAGAGGUAUUUGGUACAAAAACUUUGUCGCAGAAUUU